AUGAAAUUCAGCGAACUCUUCCAUACAAUUCAGGGUGAAGGGCAACUCAUUGGUGUUCCCUCUGUUUUUUUCCGAACGAGUUAUUGUAAUCUGAGAUGUGUUUGGUGUGAUACACCUUACACAUCUUGGGAACCUGAAGAUCGGGACAUCACUGUUGCUGAAAGCGUUGCUGCAAUCACGCGGUACGGGUGUAAACAUGUCGUUAUCACUGGCGGUGAACCUUUUAUUCAACCCGAGCCGUUGACGGAACUCUGUCAUGAGCUCGAUAAACGCGGACACCACAUUACGAUUGAAACGAACGCUACACUUUUCGCAGAGGUUGCAGCGCAUCUCAUCUCAAUGAGUCCCAAGCUACGGAACUCCAAUCCACCGGAAGAUAACCACUUUUUCAAACGCCACGAACGCGAACGCAUCUGUCCGGAGGUUAUCCGUAAGUUUUUAGAUGCGUAUCCGUGCCAAGUGAAAUUCGUUGUCGAUACACCUGAAGAUUUGACUGAGAUCCAGACGUUACAGACAGAGAUUGGUAUCCCUGCCGAAACAUCCUGCUGA